UUUCACUUUCAUUUCUUCGCAAGUCACUUCUUUGUUUGUUUGACUGAUUCUCUCUGCCUGUUUCUCCUCAGACUGAACGAUGUCUGAAGCCCAGCUGUGUGAAUUAUUACAGGAUGAGUUCACCUGCUCGCUGUGUCUGGACACCCUGAGUGACCCCGUCUCAAUCCCCUGUGGUCACAGCUUCUGUCUGGAGUGCCUCACGGACUGCUGGGACCAAAGCCAAGUGUGCAGAUGUCCUCAGUGCAGACACACUUUAAUCCCAAGGCCUGAUCUUCACAGAAACUCUGUGCUGAAUGAAGCCGUCAAGAAAUUAAAGAAGCCGAGACUCAGUCCUCAAUCAUCUCAGAAUUACGCCAGCCCUGGAGAGGUGGAGUGUGACGCCUGUACUGAGAAGAAUUUCCGAGCUGUGAAGUCCUGUCUGAACUGCAUGAUCUCCUUUUGUCAGAAUCACUUGCAGCCCCACUUUGAGAUUUCAGCCUGGAAGCCUCACAAGCUGGUUGAUCCUGAUGGAAAUCUGAAGUCUAAGCUCUGUGCAAAACAUCAGAAAAGUUUAGAAGUGUUUUGCAAAACUGAUGGUACAUGUGUCUGCGUGAUGUGUGUGGCGACCGAACAUGAAGGCCAUAAGAUAGUCGAGCUGGAGACGGAAACAGGAGAAAAACAGAAACAGCUGGGGGCGACACGGAGUGAAAUCAGGAGGAGACUUGAGGAGACAGAAAAGAAACUGAAGGAGAUGAGGAUAGCGAUGGAGCAGAUGAAGAUGUCAGUGGAACAACAGGUAGAGGAAAAUGAGAAGAGCUUCACUAAUCUGAUCCACUGCAUCGAAGAAGCCCAGAAGAAACUGGUUGAGAGAAUCAGAGAACAAGAAAAGAGAGAAAUAGAGAAGGCUGAAAUAGUCAUGGAACAACUAGAGAAGAAGAUCGAGGAGCUGAAGAAGAGAGAUGCUCAGCAGAAGGAGCUUUCAGACACCAAGGACCAUAUCCGCUUUCUGCAGACUUUCUCAUCUCGCUGUGUCCUUCCUCCUGAUGGAGACUCGCUCAGCUUCACGGUCACUGCUGAUUUCUCUUCUGAGGACCUGAGAAAGGAACUGUCAUGUCUGAUGAAGAGUGUGAAGAAGAUCAGCCAGUGGGACAUCAAGACAUGGAGGCCAUCAGGUCAUGAAGCUCCCAUUUUCGCCCUCCAGCCUCCUGAACUUCAGAGCAGAGAGGAGUUUUUACAAUGCUAUGAAGCUCCAAUUUUCUCCCUACAGCCUCCUGAACAUCGAAGCAGAGAGGAGUUUUUACAAUACUUCUGUCCACUCACACUGGACAUCAACACAGCACACAGACGCCUCUGUCUGACUGAAGGGAACAAGAAGGUGACACGUGAAGGUUCAGUGACCGAAUAUCCUGAUCAUCCUGACAGAUUUGACUACUGGCCCCAAGUUCUAUGCAGAGAGGCUCUGACUGGGACUCGCUGUUACUGGGAGGUGGAGUGGGGUGGAAAUAGUGGGAGGAUAGGUGUCACCUAUAAAGGACUGACCAGAAAAGGAGUGGGUGAGGAGUGUCGUCUUGGAUGCAAUGACAAGUCCUGGAGUUUGUUUUGUUCUAAUUCCCAAUACUUUGCACAUCACAAUGAUCGGCAGACUGUAAUCAGCACCCACUGCAUCCCCAGAAUAGGUGUGUAUCUGAACUGGCCUGCUGGCACUCUGUCAUUUUAUAGUGUCUCGCACACAAUGACUCUGCUAUACAGGUUCAACACCUCCUUCGCCGAGUUGCUCUAUCCAGGGGUUGGGCUUGGUCCUGAUUCAAGUGUAAUGAUCUGCCACCUGUCGCCAUUUGACCACUGACCAGUACCUUCCACUGGACACUUGAUGUCUCCAUAAGCACAGGUCCUCAUUGUGUUUGAAAAUUGAGAUCAAAAUUAAUUUUACAGGAAUGUUGAGGAGCAGCACAUCUGUGACUAAAUUUUUGGAUGAAAAUGCAGGGCGAUUGUAGCUGUCUCCAUUAUUACUGGGCAUUUUCUCCAUCCUGCUGUCAGAUUUAUUAUCAUCAUUCAAACUUGAGGAGAUGAGUCAACUGACUGACUUCACCAUCACUGUCAAUGCUUAUUUGAUAUUUGUGAAAACAUUUAUCUAUUCCCUGACUCACACACAUACUAAGAUUGGAUUUACAAUUCCCUCAGAACCUCGAUUGUGUUACCUGAUGUUAGUCUGUGUAACGAUGGCUAUGAAGGUCCAGACUGGCAGCCCAUCCACCCUGCAUUACAUCUCUCAACAGCAGAUGGCAAUUGUGAGUUCUAAAUCUUCCAUCUUCAUCGAGCCUAAGGAGUGUAACGGAAUAGGAAGAAGUGAAAAAGGAGUUGGGGUGAUGGUGAUAGAGAAGAGUGUCAGGGGUAUAAAGGGCAAGAUGAAUGACCUGUGAUGAAUGACUUGUACAUCUGUUGUAUCGCUCCUAGGGCCGGCACGAUUAUAAUAAAUGCUGCCCUCCAAGAGCAGCAGCAAAGAAAGAAAAAAAAAAUGAGCCUGGGUGCGAGCGACCAACACUACUUUCCUACUACACCACCCCAAGUACAGAAACACACCGGUGAAUGCAGGGUUAAGUUCAAAAUGAUUAUUGGAAGAAAUUACACACAGUUCUGUUGAGAAGUUUGAUCGAGGAUCAAUGAGCUGCAUUAUGUUUUUGUGCUCUUAGCUAUGAAAAGUCAAGACCUGAAACAACUUUUAAAGGACGCCAUUUACUUUGUUAGAGAGGCCUCUUGCCUGCCUGUCCGUCUCGUUUUGAGUUUCUGUGAGUCGAGCUGUGAGACGAGGUCAUCAUGUCCUCUCUGAGGAAGCAAGCAGGCAAACUCCAUU